AUGGUUACGGGUCGAGAUGAUGAUAAUUUGUCUGCGGUCAUUGAUGUUAAGAUCCAAUUGAAUCUUGAGCUUGAUAAGGAUGAAGCUUUUUAUGAACAAAGGGUGAGAGCGAAUUGGCUUCGUUUGGGUAACAAAAACACUGCUUUUUUCCAUAAGUAUGCUUCGACUCGAAAAAAGAAAAAUAAUAUUAGAAGUUUGAAGCGUGGGGAUGGAAUGAUAACAAAUACAAAUGAUGAACUUGGGAAGCUUGCCAUGGUGUAUUUUCAAAAUCUUUUUUCUUCGAAUGAAAAGUUUACUGAAGAAGAUGUUGUCGCAGCUUUGAAAGAAAUGGAGCCCAUAAAAGCACCUGGGUUUGAUGGUUUUCCAGCUAUGUUUCUUCAGAAGUACUGGCAUAUCGUAAAGAAUGAUGUUCUCUCCUAUUGUUUGGGUGUUCUAAAUAAAGCUUAUGCAAAAGUUUUAGCAAAUCGACUUCAGGGUGUUAUUGGGAAAUGUGUCGAUUGUGCUCAAGGUGCCUUUGUACUGGGAAGAUUAAUUUUUGAUAAUGUUUUACUCGCUUAUAAACUGUUACACGUGUUUUGUAAUAAGCGUACUGGGAAGAAGGGGUACAUGGCAGUUAAGCUUGAUAUGAGUAAAGCCUAUGAUAGGGUUGAAUGGGCUUUUUUAGAGGCAAUAAUGUUUAAAAUGGGCUUUUUUGAGGAUUGGAUUAUUAGAUAUGCUCCUAGACAUGUUAAUGUGAGAGCUAGUGCUCAAGAGGAUGGUACAUCCUAUGCACCCCCUGUGUUGCCGCGUAGAGUGAACAUACCGGAUGAGGGUGUAGGCCCUCUGUUGGGUGGUAAAGAGUUUUUUGGAGUGAAAGGUAAUGGUCCAACUGUAGUUGAGUACUGGUUGGAGGGAGUUGGAAGGAUCCUUGAGCAGAUGUCCUGUUCUGACAAGGAGAAGUUGGGUUGUGAUGUGUCCUUACUCGAUGGUAAGGCUCAUCUUUGGUGGAAUACAAUUAGGAGAGGUAUUGUUGCUGACAGAUUGACUUAG